GGCUUCUCUUUCUUUCACAUUCUCCCUGAUCUGAGAGCGGCGUCUGCUCUGGCUGGAAUCAGUCUGUAACAUUUGGUGGUGCCUUUCACACCCUUAAAGAAGACGCAGAGUGCUGUCAGCACCAUGGAUAACUCUCCCUUGCCUGGCUUGGAUGGAGCCAGGGCAGGUCUUGAGGCCGUCACUAACAGCAGCUCUCCCACCUCUAGUGCCUGGAACAUCAGUGGCAGCGGCCCGUGGUUGCUGGCGUUCAUGCUGACUGGCAUCAUCCUUUUGACAGCCUGUGGCAACAUGCUGCUCAUCGCCUUGGUGUUCGCCCAUCGCUCUCUGCGCUGCACCUCAAACUGCUUCCUGGUGUCGCUGUUCCUGUCGGACCUCAUGGUGGCGCUGGUGGUCAUGCCCCCGGCCAUGCUCAACGUGCUGUGCGGGGCCUGGGUGCUGUGGCCCGGCUUCUGCCCCGUGUGGCUCUGCUUUGAUGUCAUGUGCUGCAGCGCCUCCAUCCUCAACCUGUGUGUGAUCAGCCUGGACCGUUACCUCCUCAUCAUCUCGCCACUGCGCUACAAGCAGAGAAUGACCCCACCCAGGGCCUUGCUUCUGGUGGGGGCUGCUUGGGGGCUGGCAGCGCUCGCCUCCUUCCUGCCCAUUGAGAUGAAAUGGCACAGCUUAGGCCAUGGGGUCAGCAGUGCCAACAUCAGCUCCUAUUCUGACACACUGCACCCAGCAUCCUACUUUCAGCUGUCACCCUCUGGGGGCCUUUCCUUCCAGUGCCGCCUGCGGGUCACCCUGCCCUUUGCUCUCGUGGCCUCUGUCCUCACCUUCUUUCUGCCUUCCAGUGCCAUCUGCUUCACCUACUGUCGGAUCCUCCUGGCAGCCCGGCGGCAGGCGAGGAGGGUGGCAGCACUCAGCCACCCACCGUAUCCACAUCACUCUCUUGGGGAGCCGUCCCGGCCUCCUUCACCCGGGGCUGCUGUAGGACACCAGGAUGCAGACGACUACAGUCACCAGGAGCCUCCUGUAUCUCGCAACGUACCGCUGUCAGUGAACAGUGAGCGUCGUCUGGCUCACAGACAGGGUCGGAGGGCUCUCAAGGCCAGUCUGACACUGGGAGUCCUGCUGGGUCUGUUUUUCAGCACAUGGCUCCCAUUUUUCAUCACCAACAUGGCUCAGGCGGUGUGUGAGUGUGUCCCUCUUGCGCUCUUUGAUGCCAUCACCUGGCUGGGCUACUGCAACAGUACCAUGAACCCCAUCAUCUACCCCCUGUUCAUGAGAGACUUCAAGCGAGCUCUGGGGAAGCUCUUGCCCUGCUGUUCCUCUCGCUCUCCCAGAAGACCUUCGCCGGCGCUCUCCCUCUCCCUCCGCAACUCAGGGGAGCCCAACAUCGCCAGCGAUCCCCAUUCACUGCUGGCCUCCGAUCCCGCCCAUCCCCCUGUCACUGCCACCGAUGCUGUCAACCUGUUGGAUGCCGAGCAUGCUGGGAUGGAGCUGCCUUUGCUUCUGCCUAAUCAGGUGGACACGCUGGACUAG